GUCCCGACCAAGCAGCUUCAACCCCCUCCGCCUUCACACACACUCCGCCACCAUGGUUCUCGCCGGUAACGCCACGAUCGAGGAGCAGGACCCCGAGAUCUUCAACCUCAUUGAGGCCGAGAAGAACCGCCAGUGGAAGUGCCUGGAGCUCAUCGCCUCGGAGAACUUCACGUCGCGCGCCGUCAUGGACUGCCUGGGCUCGUGCCUGACCAACAAGUACGCCGAGGGCCUGCCGAACGCGCGCUACUACGGCGGCAACGAGAUCAUCGACAAGAUCGAGAUCCUGUGCCAGCAGCGCGCGCUGCAGGCCUACGACCUGGACGCCGAGAAGUGGGGCGUCAACGUGCAGCCGUACUCGGGCUCGCCCGCCAACUUCGCCGUGUACACGGCUCUGCUGCGCCCGCACGACCGCAUCAUGGGCCUGGACCUGCCCAGUGGAGGCCACCUGACCCACGGCUUCUACACGUACUCGAAGGCCGAGAACACGCGCAAGGCCGUGUCCGCUACGUCCGUGUACUUCGAGUCGCUGCCCUACCGUGUGAGCGCCGAGACCGGUCUGAUUGACUUUGAGAAGCUCGCUGAGCAGGCCGCUCUCUUCAAGCCCGCCCUCAUUGUGUGCGGUGGCAGCGCCUACCCGCGCGACUGGGACUACGCCGCCUUCCGCAAGAUCGCCGAUGACAACGGCGCUCUGCUCAUGUGCGACAUGGCCCACUACAGCGGCCUGGUCGCCACCAAGGAGCACGCCAGCCCCUUCGACUACUGCGACAUCGUGACCACCACGACCCACAAGUCGCUGCGUGGCCCCCGUGCCGGUAUGAUCUUCUUCCGCCGCGACGAGCGCAACUUCGAGCCGCGCAUCAACCAGGCCGUGUUCCCCGCUCUCCAGGGCGGCCCCCACGAGCACCAGAUCGCCGGUAUCGCUGCUCAGCUGAAGGAGGUGCAGACCCCGGAGUUCAAGGCCUACGUGCAGCAGCUCAAGGCUAACGCCAAGAUCCUUGCCAAGACCCUUACGGACCUGGGCUACUCCAUGUGCACGGGCGGCACCGACAACCACCUGAUCCUGUGGGACCUGCGCCCGCAGAAGGUCACGGGCUCCAAGCUCGAGAAGCUGUGCGACCUGGUGUGCAUCACGCUCAACAAGAACGCCGUGCUCGGCGACCGCAGCGCCCUGACCCCGGGUGGUGUGCGUGUCGGCACGCCCGCUCUGACGAGCCGUGGCUUCAAGGAGGCUGAAUUCGUCAAGGUCGCUGAGUUCCUCGACCGCGCCGUGAAGCUGUGCGUUGAGAUCCAGGCCACGAGCGGCAAGAAGCUGGUGGACUUCGUCAAGGCCGCUGAGGCCCACGAAGGCGUGAAGCAGCUCCGUCGCGACGUGAACGCGCUGGCCACGUCCUUCGAGAUGCCCGGCUUUAAGGUGUCGGAGAUGCGCAACAAGACGAUUGAGGAAUAAGCGCCUCGUAUAGAUCGCUUUUCCACUGCCUAUAGAUUGUGUGCGGUGUCAAAUUCGGGAGCUGCAAGCAAACAAAGCACCUUCCGCCACUGACAUAGUAAUGCAUGUCGUGUGAUCUAAUCCAACCCACAAAACAAACCCCACUCAAUAUAUUCAGCCGCAGUCGAUGGCUUCAACC